AUGUGCUUGUAUCGGAAACGAUGCGGGAUAAUCACUCUGCUCGGCACAUUUGCUUACCUCAUCGUAUGCCACGUGGUGUACGAUAGCGGCUCGGCGCGCAGGGAUCAGGGCAUCGACUUCGCGGGCACGCUUAUGAUGGUGACGCUCAAGCUGACGUCAUGCGCCUUCGACUACCAGGACGGCCAAUACCUCUCCGACCCCGUCGCCGCCGAUUCCGCCACGAGUGCCGCUGCUAACGGGCGGCCUGUCUGCGGUGCGGACCGGCAUUUGCGCGACCUUCCUUCUCCGCUUGAAUUCAUGGGCUACAUGUUCUGCGGCGGGUUACAUCUCACAGGACCGUAUUUCGAAAUGAAACCGUACCUCGAGUGGGCGAGGCACGAGGGUGUGUGGUCACGACCCGCGCGGAAGGCGCCGUUCUUGGUGCCGCUUUUGACGGCACUGGCAUGGGCUGUACCGUCGGGGCUGCUCCACCUGAUGCUUAAACCGCGUAUGAACGUCAUGAUCACGUCAGACCCCGCUCAUGUCUGGAGCGUUCCGUACGUGGCGCGAUGGGGUUACGCGAUUCUGGCGACGUACGCCGUACGUACGAAGAUUUACUACGUGUGGAUGGUGGCGGAGGGCAGCAUGGUCGCGAGCGGACUGGGUUUCAGCGGAUGGGUGCCAAAACGCGCAGCUGCCGCUGCUAGCGGUGGCAGCAGCAGCAGCAGCAGAGCGCGGGGAGAGAAAGCGGAGCCUAGGGGACGGCGCGGGGGACUGGCGGUGCAGGCGGAUUGCGCGGCACUGAGCAAGGUUCUCGGGGAGAGGAGUGCGAACGGUGGUGACGCGGACGUACCUGCACUGCCGACUGCUGUCGAGGGCAGCGUGAUACUAUCGGAUAGUGAUGAAGACGAGAACAGCGCGCCUCUGGUCAGAGCGAGUGUGAGAAAGACGAGCAGCAAGUCGAGGCCGAGAAUGACUGUAGCAGCAGCAGUGCCGCAGCUGGAACAGAUCGACUCGGACGAGGAGAAGGAGAAGGAGUGGGAGGGGGAAGAGAGGGAGCGGGAGGUGGAAGCGAAGGAGGCGAGCUGGAAGCGGGCGCGCAACAUUGACAUCGUGGGGGUGGAGGCCGUGACGGGCAUGCAUGGCUUCGCCAAGAACUGGAACGUGCGCACCGGCGAAUGGCUCCGCACCUACAUCUACGAGCGCGUGACACCCGAGGGGCAGAAGCCAGGCGUGCUGCCGCUGAUACUCACAGUCUGCACUAGCGCCGUCUGGCAUGGCGUGUACAUUGGAGACUUCUUUUUCGCCCUCAACAUGGCGUGGCUCAUCAUGGGCUCAAGAAUCAUCUACCGCUACCAGCGCACCAUCCCCACCUCCUCACGCCUCCUCUCCCUCACAGUCUCCAUGCUGCACUCCCUCUACUCCUUCCUCGGUGCCAACUACUCGGCGCAGGGUUUCAUUCUCCUCUCUGCUUCACAAACACUUGUGGCGUACAGAGGCAUGGGUUGGGUUGGCACGCUUUUGCCUCUCAUUCCUGACAAGGCUAUCGCCGAGGAUGCAGAAGUGCCCCCGGACACCGAGAUCCCUGCUGCUGAGAAGGGUAUGGCACGUCGCUUCAGCCCGUCGUGGAAGCAGACGUACUCGUGGCUGACACUGAAGUACAACAAAGAGGAGCGCCUGUAUGGUAUGAAGUGUUCCGUGUGCUGUAAGUUCGCUCCUAACACCAAGUCUCCCUUUGGCGGUGCUGGCGUCGGUGCAAGGGACUUUCAGAAGUCGGCGUGCCGCAACCAUGACCAGUCCAAGGUGCACCUCGCGGCCAUGGAAGCAGAACGACUCGCUGCUGGCACGGAGGUGAGGCAGCGCAGCCUCGUGAACAUGCUCAGCGGCGAUCCAGUCAUGGCGAGGGUCGUCAAAUGCAUGCAAGCAGCUCAGUGGAUUGCGCAGAACGAUGCACCGAUCGCUCUCUACCCCAUGCUGGUGCGGUUCAUGGCGGAGCAAGGAUGCCCCGACAUGAUGAACAGCGAAUCCUACGGGCGUUAUUACUCGCGGUAA